AUGACUGUCAUCACUGAAGAACUCAAAGCAAGAGCUGAAGAAAUCAAAAAUGAAGCCAACGUCUGCUUCAAAGAAAAGCGAUUUCCUGCUGCUAUUGACAAAUACACAGAGGCCAUUGAAAUCAACUCAAAGGUAGCUUCCUACUACACAAAUCGUGCCUUCUGUCAUUUGAAGAUGGAGUCUUAUGGUUAUGCUAUUGCUGACUCAAACACUGCAUUGGAGAUUGAUCCCAACUUUACAAAGGCAAAUUAUCGUCGCGCUUCUGCCAAUAUGGCUCUAGGAAACUUUAAAGAGGCAUUGAAGGAUUUGAGAAUUGUGUCUAAGCGUGCGCCAGGUGACAAGGAUGCUAAAGCAAAGUUUGAUGAGUGUGCCAAGAUUGUGCGAAGAAUUGAAUUUGAAAAGGCCAUUGAGCAUAACGAGCAAAAGCGCAGUGUUGCUUCUACCUUGGAUAUUGAUGCUAUAGCUGUGGACGCUUCAUAUGACGGACCCAGAAUCAAUGAGGAAACCAAAAAGGUUGAUCUGCCAUUUGUGAAAUCAUUGGUACAACAUUUCAAAGAUCAGAAAAAGAUUCACAAGAAAUAUGCGUUUAUGAUUGUACUGGCUAUUCGUGAAUUUAUGAUGGAGGCGCCAUCUCUUAUUGAUGUCAAGAUCCCAGCAGACGGUAAACUCACAGUGUGUGGUGAUGUGCAUGGUCAAUUUUACGAUUUUAUCAACAUUUUCGAGACAAAUGGCUAUCCAUCUGAAAAGCACGCCUAUCUGUUCAACGGUGAUUUUGUGGAUCGUGGCUCCUUCUCUGUAGAAGUCAUCUUGACCUUGUUUGCUUACAAGUGUCUCUAUCCCAACCAUCUCUUCCUGGCUCGUGGAAACCAUGAAACGGACAAUAUGAACAAGGUGUAUGGCUUUGAGGGAGAAGUCAAGGCUAAAUUCAGUGAAAUGAUGUUCAACUUGUUCUCAGAGACAUUCAAUGCACUGCCUUUAUCACACGUCAUUGAAAACAAGAUUUUCGUUACACAUGGUGGUUUGUUUAGUCGCGACAAUGUUACUUUGGAUGAGAUUAGAAAGAUUGAUCGUAUUGGUCAAGGCCAGCCUGGUAGUGAUGGACUCAUGUGCGAGCUCUUGUGGUCUGAUCCUCAGCCUGAGCUUGGUAGAUCACCCAGUAAACGUGGUGUAGGUAUUCAAUUUGGUCCCGAUGUCACCAAGAACUUUUUGGAAACCAAUGAUCUCGAGAUGGUGAUCCGUAGUCAUGAAGUCAAGGAGGAGGGUUAUGUUAUUGAGCAUGAUGGCAAGUGUGUCACUGUGUUCUCUGCUCCCAAUUACUGCGAUACUGUUGGAAAUAAGGGCGCUUUGAUUAAUAUUACACCUGAUUUGAAGAAGGAAUACAUUACAUUCUCGGCUGUUCCUCAUCCUUCUGUCAGACCUAUGCAAUAUGCCAGUCAAUUCAGCGGACUUUUGGGAAUGUAG